AUGCAUGAUCUCGCCGACACGCCACUCCUCCCUCCCUCCCUCCCUCCGUCCUCCUCCUCCUCCUCCUCCUCCUCCUCCUCCUCCUCCUCCUCCUCUUCUUCUUCUUCUUCCUCCUCCUCCGCUCCAUUCCCCUCAACACGGUGAGCCCCAGCUGAGACUCACAACGCCUGCCCUCACCUUCUGCGGCCAUCGCAACACGGUGCACACAUCUCCCUCGCAAAGUCAUCUGUUUAUCUCUCUGUGUGUGUCCUCAACCAGCAGUGUGACAAUCCCCCCUCUCACUAUUCACUUCGUCUGACGACGGAUUGAUGUAACCAGCUCGAAAAUUUACGAGUAAAACUCUUCUUUUCCGACGAAAUUCCUCCCUUCAUAUAUGUAGAAUGACGGGUGGCGAGGUACUGAUGAACUUCGGUUCGAUGAAGCGCCUAUGACCCGUCUGGUAGACCUCAUUGGUGUACUAACUGCGCCAGGUGCAUUUGUGCGCAUGUUUGUGUUUUCGGUCCCAACUGCUGGUCAGCGUUAUGAUUGGCUGAAUGAAGGCAAAAUAAAUCUGAAACAGUACUGUACCAAUCUACCCUCAUUCUCUGUCAAAGGGGUGUUCACCGAUCGUUCUUACGGAAAUGACUCCGAUACAAGCGAAGAUGCGAGUUGCAGGAACCAGUUGAUCAGAAGAAGAAGCGAUCGCUGGAACAAGGUCUUUAUUCGCCUGACGUUUCGGAUUCUCACUUGAAUCCAUCAUUAAAGACAGUAGUUACUACUACUACUACUACUACUACUACUACUACUACUACUACUACUACUACUACUACUACUACUACUACUACUACUACUACUACUACUACUACUACUACUACUACUACUACUACUACUACUACUACUACUACUACUACUACUACUACUACUACUGCUACUACUGUUACUACUACUGCAUCUACUACUGCAUCUACUACUACUACUACUACUACUACUACUACUGCUACUACUACAUCUGCUACUGUCUCUGA